ACUAUAUAAAACCUCAUAAUCCUACAUAUUUUCUUCUCUCAAGUUAUAGAUAUUAUUUCCAUUUUUCGUUCAACUACAUUUUCUUCUCUUCCCUUCAGAACUCUUGGGCCUUGGCACCUUGGUUAUUUUCAUAUAUAGCAGUUCAUUAUGGAUUCACACAAGCAACUAUUCAUCCUUCUAUGGCUUUCGCUAGUACUUGUACUUCUCUCAGGACUGCAAGCUGAGGCCAGUCGUCACCUAAAAUAUCCAACAAAAGAAUUGUUCGUUUUCGGAGACUCGUAUGUUGAUACCGGCAACAGCCAAAAAAGUAAACCUGGUUCAUGGAAAGAACCUUAUGGCAUAACCUUUCCCGGAAAACCUGCAGGAAGAUUCUCGGACGGUAGAGUUUUAACUGACUUCAUUGCCAAGUAUUUGAGAUUGAGAUCACCAAUCCCUCACAAAUUCAGGAACAUUGUGUCUAAACAUUAUUUGAAGUAUGGGAUGAACUUUGCAUAUGGUGGCACAGGUGUAUUUGAUACAUUUACUUCAGGACCAAAUAUGACAGCCCAAAUCGAUUCCUUCAACCAACUCAUUCAAGAAAAUGUCUAUACUCCUUCAGAUCUCAGCAAAGCUAUUGCUUAUGUCUCAGUUGCUGGAAAUGACUACAAUCAUUACUUGGCCACAAAUGGCUCUCUUCCGGGUUUUCCAUCUUUCAUUGCUUCAGUGGUUAAACAAACAACCACCGAUUUGAUUCAUCUCCAAAGCUUAGGGUUUAAGAGAAUUGUUGUAGGUGCUUUACAACCACUUGGAUGUCUUCCUCAAACCACUGCUGAAUCCUCGUUCCAACGUUGCAAUAGUACAUUUAACGACCUCGUAGCUCUCCAUAACAACCUAUUGAACCAAUCCGUGGCCAAAUUGAACCAAGAAACCAAGGAUCACACCACCUUUACAAUUCUAGACAUUUUUGACAGUUUUGCGUCGGUGUUGAACCACCCUGCAAGCCAUAAUAUCAAGGAUCAUUUGAAGCCAUGUUGCGCGGGAGUAAGCAGUCAGUAUAAUUGUGGAAGUGUAGACGAGAAUAAUGUUAAGAAAUAUUUGGUUUGUGAAAAUCCAGAAUCAAGUUUCUUUUGGGAUGGAUUGCACCCAACACAAGCUGGAUGGAAUGCUGUAUAUAAUGAGUUGGAGAAGAAAGGUCUUCACAAUAUUUUGUACUAGAGCUAUGUAUCUUUGUGUCAUUUAUUUGCAUCAUUUUGUUUGUUGUCUAAUAAAGCACCAUUCUAUUCAUGAAUUUGUUAAGUUAUCCUUAAACUCGGCUUCUUUGUAUUAUUACAUGUCAUUUCCUUUCAAAGGAUGCAAUGUGGAAAUCGAUUAUUAUUUUUUGUUGUUGAUA